UUCGCUCAAUAGGAUUAAUUUGCAAAUUAUUCAGAGCAAGAUCUUACCUUAUCAUUACCGUUUUUCACUUUCUUUUUCUUCCCUUCACGUCGUCGUCGAUUCUUGGCACACCAUGCCUAGCUUCAAGCUACCACCAGAUUUCAAAAUGCCUGACCUCAGUACUCCAGUCGAGUUUCCUGUCAAAUUUUCGGAAACAAGCAUGUCCAGACGUGAUUUGACGGACGCAGUGAUGGCUGGGGUCAGCAUUAAGCCAAUGCUAGAUGAUGCGAAAUCCCUUUUUCGGCAAGGAAAAUACCCGGAAUCUGCUGCUGUUUGCACACCGGCAGCACGUAACCUUGUUGGGGCCAAUUUUACUCUUCCCAGGGUAGCAGGACAGGACAAUAGUGUGCGAUGUAGUCUUUACGAAUCCUUUAACCCUCACGUUCGGCGAUACUUGAUGGCUUGCUGUAAUGGAGUAACGGGAGCUCUGGUUCAUCAGAAUCGACUUGAGGAAGCUUUGGCUUGGUAUGAAGAGGUUGAGAUCCUUCACCUUCACUGUACCUUCGAAUCCCCAAAACCUCUUUUCGACUGGAAAGAUUUUCACUUUGAUUUGCCCGAUAUGACUCUCCAGCACACCAUCGCAAAAACAGCAAUGGCAGACAUCUAUCUCCGGCUUGGAAAUACUGGCCGCGCGUCGUACACCCGCUGGAGGUGUUUAACCAUCUAUCAAAGUAUGCCGGCGCCGCAUCAUUCCGGGGAGAUCAAGAAUCUCAACAAUAUAGACUCCCUGGUAGACUUGCUGCAGCUCCGUCAUCCGGAUCCUUCUCGCACGCCAACUUUAGAAGUAACUGAUCCGGGUUUGCAAAUCCGCGGAUCGUGGAAACGACUCCGUACUAAAGCGGGGAGUGGCAUUGCGCCUCGCAGCAACUUUGCUAGCUUUAUCUGGAAAGGAAAAUUGUAUGUUGCUGGAGGCUUUCAAGGUAUCGCUAUAGGACCUUAUUACCGUGAUAUUUGGUGUUUGGAUCUCACUGCACGCGACGGUUGGAAAGAACUUGCCAGAUAUCCGAUCAUCGAGCCGGAAUAUCGGUGUGUCAUGCGAACUUGGACAAUGAAGGUGUACAAAGACAAAGCAUACUUGUUCACGGGUAAAAAGCAAGUUGAUUACUUCGAUUUAGAGAAAGGCCAGUGGGGAUCAAUCAACACGACGUACGAGCGCACCACUGCGGAUAAACACGCGGGGAUGGACAACUGGCUGUAUCCCCACUCUAUGGUGAACGACGCGUGUAUGGAAAUCGCGAACGGUAAACUAUACGUGUUUGGGGGGACACAUAACGACAACAAAGUUGGAUGCAAUCCUUUAGUGGAGCUCGACCUCGAGACGAAGAAGUGGCGCCGUCUAAGUGGACACCUCCACCCCAAAGCUGAUCCUCUGGCUCCGGAUCCACGCAAGACGGCGAUGAGCUGGGUCAACAAGGAACAAGACAGGUUGUUUAUUUUGGGCGGUGAGGCAAAUCGCCCAGCAGCCACGCGAGGGGAUCCGGUACACGCCAACGACAGCUUCAUCUUUGAGAACAUGUGGAGUUGGCACAUACCCACGGAGAAGUGGCGUAGGGAGCGUAUGUCGGGCAAUUUGCCCUCUGCACGGUCUGAGGUUGCGCAUGCCUUCAAUCCUGUGUUGAACAAGUUCUUACUCUUUGGAGGGUAUUCGACUGGCCAAGAUACAAUCGUUCUGUCAGAUGAGCCUGGAGGUAGGGGCAUGAGCUUCAAUUUCACAUAUUUUGCCGACACUUUCAUGUGCGAUCCCUCUCCGGUGACUGGUAAUCCGGACGCAACACCAACCAUGAAGGCGCCCAAAUGGAAACAUGUUCUCACAAGGGGAUUCCCGACAUACAGGUGCCAAGCGAACCUCAUCGUUGAUCCCGACAGUGGCAAGACAUACAUGUUCGGCGGAUACACCAACACGCAGCUUGUGCCAAUGUGUAAGCAGAACCAGGCGCCAUACCUCAAGGCCUUCAACGAUUUGUGGCAGCUGAAACUCGAUACGCCUGGAGGUGAUUUUGCGGAUGUAGAUGUUGAGGAGGAGGCACUGAACGCGAGGGCUGGGCCGUGGCGGAGGUGCUUCAAUUGUGCAUCAACAGGAUAUAUACACAAAUGUGGAGGGUCUUGUGAAGGACGCGCCUACUUUUGUGGUAAAGAGUGUCUGAGAGAAGGUUGGAGGGCUCAUAAAGAGCGACAUCGCUGCAGGAAAGCAUGAGUAUGUCUGCGCGUUAUCACUACCCGUCGGAUAUACGCUGCCUUCGGAAACCUGUUCUGUACUUCGAUUAUCUGAAAUUAUCUAGUAUUGAUAUCAACUUGCAUAUACACAACAGUACUACUACAUCGCAAGGUACACAAAAACAUAUAUAUAUAGUACUUUUUCUGACUUGUACAAUCAGCGUGGUUUGCAAUCAGUAUCCAACACUCGUAGUAAAUGCUCUAGAUAACGUUUCUGUAACAGAAGCUGGUGACGUCUCAAGCUGUACACAUGGGCCCUACCCGCGUUGAGCAUUCUAGUGACAU